AUCUCGACGGUUUCUGAAGUUUUGGUGGCUAUGGCGGCGAACCAGUGGACGAGGACGGAGGACAAGAUGUUCGAGGAGUCUCUGGUCAUCUUCCCGGAAACGUUGCCGGAUCGGUGGGAGAGGAUCGCCGAGAAGCUGCGGAAAUCGCCGGCGGAGGUGAGAGAGCAUUACGAGGCGUUGGUCCAUGAUGUAUCCGAGAUCGAUUCCGGGCGAGUCGAGAUGCCGGACUACGUCGAUGACUCGGCAGCGAGUUGGGACUCAGCCCCGGCUCAGAUCUCGUUCAGGGCUAAACACGGUGAUACAGAGAAGAAGAAGGGGACUCCAUGGACAGAGAACGAACACAAGUUGUUUCUGAUCGGGCUGAAGAAAUACGGGAAAGGAGACUGGAGGAGCAUAUCGAGGAACGUCGUGGUGACAAGAACGCCGACACAGGUGGCGAGCCAUGCCCAGAAGUAUUUCCUCAGGCAAACCUCGAUGAAGAAGGAGAGGAAACGUUCGAGCAUUCACGACAUAACCAUAACCACCGUCGACAACAACAACAACAACAACAUGGUCGCCGCCAUGUCUGGUCCCGAGUGGACCUGGUCGGCUCAGCCCGAGUCAGCCCAGGAACAGUCGCCUCUUCCUCAGCUGCCUCAAAGUGACUUCCACGGCCAAGCACAGUUUCCACGUGAUCAGAGCUUCAGGUUUCCAUAGCGGAAGGAAGGAGAUGAAGUAUAGUGUAGGAAAAGGUGGUUUAUCAUCUUCGGUAGAUAAAGGAACAAAAAUAGAAACAUGUCUCUCGUAUCUAUUUGGAUUCAGACAUGACAUUAGUGUAUAGAAAGAAAGGCUCUUUGUCAGUAAAAAAUCAUGUUUCUGUAAACCCCUUUUAGGAAAGGAAUCGCGUGACACGGAUUUGGCAA